UUGCGAUGUCGGGUACCCCUAGUGUGCCUGCGUCUCCAGAUCUUACUUCAAGGGAGGGCAGCUUAGAAGAGACAAACUCGCAAGAUAAUCAUCUGUUAGAACCCGAACACAGAGACUCCCAAACAAGACUCUCGCAGCCCGAAAUGAGCAACGGGGAUACUGCUACUAAUUAUUUGAACGGUCAUGUAAAUGGCUUGAGCACGAAUGUAAACCAAAACUAUUUUCUACAAUCUCCGCCGAGUAAUUAUUGUCAAAAUGGACCAUCAGCUAAUAGGUUAUCUUCAGCACAGUGUAGUAAUGCAACAGGAACCUCAAAUUUGCUUUCGCAGUGCCAAACAGCCGAAGGUUGCCUUAGCACAACAGCUAGUUGUCAGCUUAACUUUUGUGCACAUUGUUCUAAACUAUCACCCAAUCAUAUCGCUCUGUCAGCUCCCAGUAAUCUGAUUGGUCAACAGAGCUCACAACAUUCGCAUCAAAACCCAGGCAGUCAUCAUGAUUUGAAUAACUCAGGUUAUAGCAGCAGCGGUAUGAUAAAUAGCUUUGCAGGUGGAUCCAAUUUUCAAGUGCCCGGAGGACUCAAUGCCCAAUGUUCCAAACAUGGUACUACUGGUCACGUGAUGAAUGGUAUGAACGGAGACGUGGCUAAUGGUGGAGGUGUGGGGCAGUGCAGCUGUGAUUGGGUGGAUUUGAACGUGGGAGGCAAGUUGUUCAAAACUACAAAAAUGACACUGUCCAAGGUGCCUGGAUCCUUUUUGGACUGUCUCUGCAACAAUCAGAACCUCAUCUCUAGUCAUCUAGAUCAAAAUGGUGCGAUUCUGAUAGACCGUGAGCCGGAGUACUGGGGUCCAGUAUUGAACUGGCUGCGGUGUGACAAGUUGAUUGUUGCGGACAGUGUGCCACUGGAGGGGGUGUUGGAGGAGGCCAGCUUCUGUGGACUGACACCUCUAGUGGCCUUACUCAAAGACAGAAUACGAUUCAGAGACAAUAAUACGCUGGGUCACUCGCACGUGUAUCGCAUUCUGCAGUGUAAAGAGAUGGAAUUGGCACAGACUGUGUCCACCCUGACAGACGGAUGGAAGUUCGAACAAUUAGUCAACACGGGCACCAACUACAGAUAUGGAGAGGAAGACCAGACGGAGUUUCUGUGUGUGGUGUCGAAGAGAAAACAGGGCCAGAAGAGUGAAGAUAUCAUGUUGGACCAGCAGGCGCAGAACUGGCAGAACAGACAGAAUAACCUGGGCAGGGGGGGCACACAUCACCAGUACCACCACAACCAUCACAACCACAACAACCGCACCUGAUUACUACAACACACAGUCCCCACUUAUUCUUCUGCUUGUCUAGUUAAAAGAGUUACAAACGAGCACAUACUUCUUAUGAUGACAUCUAAAUACUAAACAAGAUCAUUCGCUGAUGGCACCCAAAUCUGAAAUACACAUCGUCCAUCCCCCUACUCCAAGGGGCUAAAAAGCGGGAAUUAUAAGAACUGUCCUUUUCCCUAAUAGCAAAUACACCCUGGUCAAGACUAGUAGAACUCCUAGAAAUUCGGAAUUUACCACGCUUCGAACUGAAGUUGAGAACAGUAUGAUGCUUGGAUCUGUUAAUCUUCUGGUUGCUGUUCUUUUAAAUAUUUAAAGAUUGGUAACAAUCACAAACGGUUUGAACACGCAAGAACAAAAUCAAACCCCAAUUUUCCACUUGGAAUUAUUUUGCUAGAAAUUGUGAUAUUUCUGGUGCUCUACUCAUGUAAUAUAGGAAUUAUGUGUUGAAAAGAUAUUUUAGUUUAAAAAGUCGGGUAAUGUUUGCCGAGAUUUUGCUAUUUCUAUUUGGAAAAAGUUAAUUAAUGUAAAUACUUUUAAAUGACGUUGUUAACAUCUUAACAUCUAAUUUGUAUGGUAAUAAAGAGUUAACAGCUCUAAUGGAAUGCGUUUGGGUACAAAUGUGCUCAUCUCAUUUCCCUGUAAACCAUUAUUUUUAAUUUAAAUAUCCAAUUUUGGGGACUCAAUCAGCUGUCAGUCAUACUGUACAGAAUACAGAGUCAUCUAUUUACACUAUCGAGUUUAAGUGAGCGUAGUGUAAUAGUACGACUAUUUUUUUCUACCUAAGUCGCAAAUGUUGGAGCCACAGCUUUUUGAUAGCAUAUGCUUUGACAUUUGAUUAGUAAUAAUUUAACACAGUUUAUGCAUGUUUAAAUCAUCAAUUGAACCGAAAAAAGUUUCAGUGAAAUUUUGUUUCAAACAGCAUAACAAUGAUAAAACUCGAUUUCAGAACUUUUCUAACUCAAUAUAUCUGACAAUUUGAAAUGCAUAAUUUGUACUUAAUGUGGCUUUCCAAUUUCUUACAUGCAAAG